AUGAAACAAGUGGUGUUUAAAGCGUUCAUGUCUCAGAGUUACCUUAGUGCCCAAGAAACUAAUACACUGACAACAAGAAAUUACCUAACGUCACUCCAUUCGACCAGAAAGCAACCUUCAAAGCCAAUGAAGAGGCCUGUAUCAUCGCCUUUGAAGUCCAUGCAUCCCCAGGUUUACCGAGUCGAGCCAGUAAACUUCAAAGAGUUGGUUCAGAGGCUAACUGGUGCACCUGAGCACGAUGAUGUGGUUAAACCCUUCAAGAGUUUGGAUGAUUUGGCAAAUGAGAGUUCUUCAUCAUUAGCAUUUGAUUUAUCAUCCUCAUCAUGGGGAGAUUUAUCACAUCAAACUCCUGCAAAUCUCUCCAGAUGGUAGCUUUUAUAGGACAUAACAUUUUAUUUACUCUUGCAGGUACUUCCAUUGAUUGUAAUUCUCCACAUACCUAUUAUGUAUUAGCCAUUUAAUAAAACCAGAAAGAAAUAUAAGAAAAUAAUGUUUAUUAACUUUUUAAUGGUAACUUGUGGAAUAGUACGUAGAAUGAACUAUUCUGCAGAACUUUACGGAUUUUUUUUUCAAUCAUUGUCAUAUUAAAUCGGUUUUUUUUUGGAGUCUAUAGCUUUGAUUGGUUAAACUUUUUUUUGUAACCAAAUCAUAAUUUGAACAUUUCUAAUUUAAAACAUAUUUUAAACUCGAUUCUAUACUAUAUAUAAUUAUAUAUAUACAUGUGGUAUUUUGACACUUCCAUUGAAAGAAUUAAUCAGUGAUUCUAUAUACACAUAUAUAACUUGUGGAAGUAAUUUGAAAUUAACAACAAAUAAUUAACCUAAGGGUUAUUCAUGUCUAUAGAUAUAAUCAAGAUGAGCCGUCAAUGUUCUUCUCGUCAAGCAAUCUUCGUCGUCGUCUUUCUCGCAUCUCUCUCCCGCCGCUUCAUAUAAUUUUGAAUCCAUCAUUUCCUAAAAUGUAAUUAAACAUAUAUGAAUCAAGAAAUGAAAAUAUACCAAUUACGUAUAAAAUCUACAUAAUAACCGGGUAUGUAGUAUAUAUGACUAACCAGACUAAGUAUGUCGGCCGAAGAUAUUGUGAAGGAGGGGAAAUCGGCCGGUUCAGGGCGGGCGGUGCACCUUAGCGUGGUGGUGCAACAAAGGACGAGAGCUACCAUGAGCAAAGUAGAGAGAUUAUCCAUUUUGUGAUUAAUUUUUGGAUAUUGACACCAAUAAUCACCAAACAAUCUUUAUAUAGAGUCAUUCUUGGUUAACUAUAUUCUUAGGAGGUGUUAUUGGUUUAUAUAUUUUGCUUGAUUUAGAAAUCCAUACAGUAUUUAUAAAUCCAAGUAAAAUAUACAAAUUUUCAAAUUCUCACGGAUUAGUAUUUACAAAUCCGGAGGUUUUCCCUCGGAUUUGGGCCUUUGUAUUUUUAACAAAGAAAUCCAUGCAAAUCCAUUCAAAUACAUUAUGAAAUCAAAUCUAUUAAUAAAUCCGUAUGAUUGAAUAACACUUGAUUUGAAUUAGAAUUUAUAAAUCAUUAAACGAAUAACACAUGAUUUCAAUAUGUAUUUUAAAAUCAUAGAACCAAUAACACUAGAUUUAAUUUGAAUUUUCAAAUCCAUCAAAAUACACCAACCAAUAACCCCAACUUAAUGUAUUCUUUGUUUUAGACCGUUUUGUUCUUAUCUUUUAUUUUGUCAGUGUUCUUAUCUUUUCCACACACACAAAAAUAGUAAAUAAACACACAUAUAUCUCUUUACUCGUCCUGGGAAGAGAAAAAGAAGAAUAUAUAUAUUUUUCAACAUAUUUUUUUAGUUUUUAGUUUGUUGAAUUUGAUUAAAUCUAGAGUGCGCUAAUAACUUUCUAAAUAUUAACCAUCAGACCAAAACAAUUUAGCUGUAUAUAUAAUU